AUGGGCCCCUAUACCGCCUCCUCAUGCUGCUGCCAGGCCCCUAAUCUGCCAUGGGCCCUUGUACCGCCUCCUCAUGCUGCUGCCAGGCCCCAAAUCUGCCAUGGGCCCCCGUACCGCCUGGUCACGCUGCUGCUGGGUCCACAGUGUGACCUGGGUCCCUGUACCGCCUCCCAUUGCUCCCACUCUUGCCAUGUGCCACUUUGAGGUCUCCUCACACUCCUGCGGUUUUCCCAUUUUGUCAUAGGUUGCUGGCAGAUUACAGGCCUCCCAUAGGUGCUGCCAUGGCCCCAAAUCUGCCAUGGGCCCCCGUACCGCCUGGUCACGCUGCUGCUGGGUCCACAGUGUGACAUGGAUCUGUCCCUGUAACCGCCUUCCAUUGCUCCCACUCUGCCAUGUGCCACUUUCAGGUCUACUCACACUCCUGCUGGUUUCCAUUUUGUCAUAGGUUGCUGUAUGGCCUCCCAUUGCUGCUGCCUCCACCGCCA